CAAGCCGAAGGGCUCUCGUGAAAGUCGACGGACAACGCCCGAAGAUGAGAUCGAGCGAGGAAGUUAAUAACGACAGUUAAUGCGGCGUUUCGAUUUCGAGAUCGGAAUUCUUGUCGAGUCACUGGAUGGGUUCAAUGUCAAACCUGAGGAAACGAGUCCUCGGCCGGUUGUCGAGGUGAGACAAGGGAAAGAGAAGACGACGAGGCGAGCGGCCGAGUCGCCACUUCUGGCAGGAAAGAGAGAUGUCUUUCCGAGGAAUUUGUUGCGAGUUUCCGGUGGUAGGGAGCGGCCGUUGGAUCUCGUCGUAUAAAAGUCUUUGGAAGCCGCUGUUCCGAGUAGAGUUAGUCCGUUCGAAAACGUGAUCUCGACAAGAUGGAAACAAGGUCCAUCAUAGUGUUGAUCGCCAUGCUGGCCGUGGUCUACGGCCAGGCAGAACAGCAAGAAGUCCCGCAGAAGACGUUGGUGGCGCCCGAAAGGACCGUCGUCAUCGACGGUCAGUCUGAGCCGCAAUCGGACGUAGAACGCUAUGCGCCGCAGAUACGUGACAAGAGAGCGCCUAUUCUCCUGGGAAAGGCUCUUCUGGGCGGUGCCAUCCUCGGGAAAGGCGCUCUUCUUGGCGCUGGAGCUCUGGGCGUCGGUGCUCUGGGCGCCGGUGCUCUGGGCGUCGGUGCUCUGGGUGUCGGUGCUGGAUUGUACAAAUCCAAAUACUACGGUGGCUACGGAGGCUACGGUGGCUACGGCGGCUACGGCGGCUACGGCGGCUCUCCCUAUCAUUAUCACAAUCACUAUCACCACUAUCCUCAUUACCACAACUACGGCUAUGGCUAUGGAUCGGGAUACGGCUAUUACGGAUAGAUUUGACUGAUUCCAGUACGUUAAGAAUUUCGCCGAUGAAUGGAACUACCUGCUGUACAAAUUCACCGGUACCUUUGAUUUAGACGAUCGUUAUUUAUUAAUGAUAACA